GCUCUUCAUAGUAGCUUCGAAACACUGCUGAGAUAAACACAUAGAAAAGUAAGAAACGGCAAAGCAGCAAUAAAAGAAAGCGCAAACAGCUAACAGCUAAAAAUUUAAUAAAAAGCGUGUAUUUCAAAAUUUUCUACUGUUGGACAAUUCAAAUAUAUUUUGUUUCACGAAGAAUUCUAUGAAUAAAACAAAAAACAUUCAACACACACAUCUAAAAUGUACUUGUAGUACUUGUAACUGUAAAAAGAAAAAACACCAUCAACAAAUUUUCAAUAAUUUUAUGAAAAUUAUUAAAUUUAAUAAUUGCCAUUAAACAAAUGCAACGGACCAACGCCAUUUAAGUGAUAUACUACAAACAACCAACAACAACAACAAAGUGCUGUGAUUUCCAACUACAACAACAAACAAAUUUCAAGCAAUCAAGCAGCAUAAAUUUUUAAUGAAAAACAACCAGCAAAUUGUGAUAAUAAUAAAUAAUUAACUAAACAAGAACUCUAUUAAUUAUAAAAAGAACGUUUCAAGUGAUACAAAAAAGAAGCGAACCGAAAGGAAUCGAACAGAAUAAUUCAUUAAAGAAACAAAAACAAAAAUUCUAAUGAAAAUGGAAGUUCUCGCUGUGCAGUCAAACUACGGCGGAGUCCUCGGUUCCAACAAAGUUAGAGAUUGGACCAGCACAUUGACACCGCCUACGUCCGCCGCGUCGGCCAAGAAGGUCGCCAGCGUCGCCAGCAGCAGCAGCAACGGCAGCAGCAGCAGCCGCGGCCAGCACACACACAGUAUUAAGCACAAACAGCAGGCAAGCAGCAGCAGCAGCAGCGGAAGCAAGAAAACCAAGUCGAGCAGCCAUCCCAUGAGCAGCAGCAGCAGCAGCACACCCUACAGCAAUACCUACAGUAGCCAGUAUGAGGACGAGCUGCCCGACUGCUGUGACAUCGACAUGGCUGCCGUUGACGAGCUUUCGAACGGUCUGCUGGACAAGCUGCGCGAGGCAAAGGCGUGCCAUUUGACAUGCACCGAGGUGUCGCUACCCUGUGAUCUCACGCCCAACAUUGCGGCGGACAUAAUUCGCGUUUCCGAGAAGGAGCCGUGCGGUAUUCGCGGCUGCACCAUCUACAUCGAGUUCGAGGAUGAGCCACAGAACUCCAGGCGCAUCGCUUCGCUGAAAGUGGAUCCCGAAACGGUCUCCACGUUCGAGGUGUAUCUGACCCUGCGCCAGGAUCAUCGCGGCUGGGCGGCACUGCUGCCACAGUUCAUGAAGAGCCUGGCACGCACCAUUACCAUCAGUCCGGAGUAUACCAUCACCAAGCAUAAGCUCUACUCUGCCGAUGGCCUGGGCGCCCGACGCAGCUACAGCUUCGGCUCAAGCUCCCGAUCAAGCUCAAGCUCUAGCCAUAGCCAGGCGAUUGCAACGCCAACGAUAUAAGUUGAGCGAAAGCGAGAGAGACAGAGAUCAAGAGCGAGAGAGAAUGAGAGACGUAGACGGAGACGCAGUUAUAUUUAUAUACACACAUACAUAUAUAUGUAGAUAUAUAUAUGUAGAGAAGCGAGCCCAGCGAGUGCGACAAGGAAGCGCGCCCAACACCGCCCAACACCCCCUGUGAUGUCGAGAGCAGUAGUUAGUUGCGAGCGCAACGCGACGACGAAGCAAGUAUUCGAAGCCACCCCACCUACACAACUACACACACACAUACACACAAAUACAUACACACGAAACGCAUACACAUUAGUAUACGACACACUCACACACAUACACAUACUAAUAAGCAAAGGAGUUGCUCUUGAGCCUGCGCCGCUCGCUCAUCGGGCAGCUCUCUUUGCAUUCAAUUUUGUAAUUGUGACUCUCACCACCAUUUUACUUAGAUGCGUAGUAGAUGCUAUAAAAAGCAGCAACAAAACAAAAGAAAAAAUAAUUAGUGUUUUAAGUUGUUUCUCCUUUUUCAAAAACAAAAGAAAAGAAAACAAAACAAAUCGAAGAAAAAAAAACAUAAAUUUAUAAAAUAAAAACAAAAAGAAAACAUGAAAUUCAAAGACGACGAUUCGCAAGCCACAGCAGCGAGCGUAACUGUGCGAACAGCCCUCUCGCUGCUGGGCCGCUGCGAGGGUCGCUCGUCGACAACUCAUGAAUAUGUGAUACUGUUUAAGAUGCUAAGAGUUUUUUGCAAGCGCUCGCAAGUUCGGCCAGGCAAAAAACACACACACAAUUACACAAUUACAUACA